AAAUAGCUUGUUUUAGAAUGGCAAACCCAUGAUGUUCAUUUGUUUUACUUGAUGACCAAAUCCCAUGUAGAUCAGGCCCAUUCAACUCUUUUAUUUUAUGGUUAGCGGUUAGCCCAUUAGAUACCAUGCAUUAGUCUAUUGUUAAAUUUUUUAUUUUUAACAAUAAAAAGGAGUAUUAUUUUUGCCUUUUCAUAUAUAUUUUAUCACCACGGAUAAAUAAAAGGGUAUAAAGAAAAAAAUUGACACUCCUGGACUCGUUUAAAUCCGCAUGUGUACGGUAAGUUGGCCCGUUCCAUAGAGGAAAGAGAAAAAAAUUGACACUCCCUAUUUUACCCUUCCUACAAACGCUCAUGGAACAGGGAAUUUGAAAUGGGGGAAGAGUUUUUUCCACCCUGCUAUUAUAUGUUUUUAAUUUAAAAGAAUACAACAAAUGUACAUCUACAAAUGUACUAUGUGUAGAUGUAGAAAUGCUAACGGAAUUUUUUUUUUUUUGACAAAAAAUGCUAACGGAAUUGAUGUCGAAGUUUCGUAAGAAACGAGAGGGCAAUUAGGUAAAUGCUGAAUGGGCCGUACGGUCGGGUAAGAAAGUCAGGUGAUGGGCCGCUGUCACGGCCCACAGGAGACUUGAGUAAUUUGGUCACAGUUGGCAUACUGUUGGGAUCGGCCCACUCAUACGACGCCACCUCAUCAAUCGGAAGCAAAGGAUCCCCUUUUAGGUUUGCCUUAAGCUGCAACUUAAGCAACUUUCUGUAUACGAUUUUUCCCAAAACAAAUGGAAUAAUUAGGAGUUUGAUUAACCACAUAAACACGAGUGGGGAUGAUGUAAAGUAAGCCAAACACAAUGAUUAGCGAGUGCACUGAUGUUGAUUAAGGCUUGUUGAUCACAAAUGAUUACGUCCCCAUCCCUACUUAUUCCUUCCUUCUGCCCACUUAACAAGGAUUAGGAAUCUCAUUCAUUAUAGAGCUUUAAUUUUGACGGGCUAUAAACAAAAAUUAAGUUCAAUCUUUCAUUUUCAUAAUUGUGUGGGCUAUUUAAUAUUAGAUAAUACACAUUAAUAAUGCUACUAUCUUCUCUCAUUUGAUGGAUUAGUUGAAGAUUGGUUGUUGAGUAUCACUUGUACAUAUUGAUAAGGGAAUAUAGUAGAAAAUAGGUUGUCAAAGCACAUUCUUGUCUGUUUUUACAUUAUGCAAGAUUUUUAUUCACUCACUCAACUAAAUUCAAUAAAAUAGUGAAUGAUAUUAUUCACAACUAUAUUUUCUCAUAAUUUUGCCAAAGAAAAUAUAAUUAAAUGACUACUUUAUUCGGCUAUGUAUCUCUUUGUCUAGGUGUCCCACAAUUUCAUUGAAUUAGUUGACCCCCACCUUUGAUUUGAUUCAACACACUUUGGAUUGAAUUAUUUGGCACAUUAUGAAGCAGAUUUUUAUAUCCUUUUAAAAGUCGUUCUAGCUUCUAGGCAUUUUGGGCUAGAUGCCCAAAUUUGCUUCGGAUUUUGUCGUUCGAAAAUUAUUGGGCUGGGCUGAAACUUGGGCCCUUCACGGAAUAGUCCAUUCUUUACCGCCAUUUAUCAAACCUUUAGUUAUAUCAUCUCUCUUCCUCUUCCUCUUCCUCUUCCGUCGUCCACUUUCACUGGAGGGAGCGAGCAAGGAGACGACAGAGAAACGCAGCCAUGGACAGAGAAUGGGGUUCCAAGCCCGGCAGCGGAGGCGCCGCCUCCUCACAGAACGAGGCCAUCGACCGCCGGGAGCGUCUCCGGCGACUCGCCCUCGAGACCAUCGAUCUCGCCAAAGAUCCCUAUUUCAUGCGCAACCACCUCGGCAGUUAUGAGUGUAAGCUGUGUCUGACUUUGCACAACAAUGAAGGGAACUACCUGGCUCACACCCAAGGGAAGCGUCACCAGACAAAUUUAGCGAAGAGAGCUGCUCGCGAGGCCAAGGAAGCUCCCGCGCUCCCCCAGCCUAACAAGCGCAAAGUUAACAUUCGCAAGACAGUCAAAAUCGGCAGACCUGGGUACCGUGUGACCAAGCAGUUUGAUCCGGAGACUAAGCAGAGAUCUCUUCUCUUUCAGAUCGAGUAUCCCGAAAUCGAAGACAACACAAAGCCCAGGCACAGGUUUAUGUCAUCUUAUGAGCAGAAAGUCCAAUCCUAUGACAAGAGUUACCAGUAUCUUCUGUUCGCAGCAGAACCAUAUGAGAUUGUUGCCUUCAAGGUCCCCAGCACAGAAAUCGACAAGUCAACUCCCAAGUUCUUCUCACAUUGGGAUCCCGACUCCAAGAUGUUCACUUUACAGCUAUACUUUAAGACCAAGCCACCAGAGACCAACAAACCUCCAGCUGCUGGUGCGGCAACAGCGAAUGGCACGUCUGCUCCUGGCGCCCCUCCAAGGACUCUCCCACCGCCACCACCGCAGGGUCUACCCCCUCCUCCACCUCCAGACGGAGGAGCAAGGCCACCUCCACCGCCACCCCAAAUGGGGAACGGUCCUAGACCUAUGCCUCCAGGGGAGGCUCCACCAGCUCCGCCUCCACCGCCAGGCGGCAGUGGGAUGGCUAAUUUCACUCCUGGUGCUCAGAUGGGCAGGCCUCCGAUGCCUCAGGGUUUCCCAGGGCAUGGCGUCCCUCCACCUCCUCCACUCAAUAUGGGAUAAGUUUUUUUUUUUUUGGGUAUCAUACGAUAGUGAAGUGUUUGUACUCUUUAGC